AUGACAGUAUCUACAUCAUCGACUAAGUUACAAGGAAGGCAACUUUACGAUGCCAUAGGACAACCAAAAACAAUAGUCGCUCCGAUGGUAGAUCAAUCCGAAUUAGCCUGGAGAAUCUUAUCAAGAAGAUAUGGAGCCGAUUUAUGUUAUACUCCAAUGUUUCACUCUCGAUUAUUUGUCAAUGAUAUCAAAUAUCGUGAAAAAAUGUGGAAUUCUCAAGAAGAUGGGGAUCCAGAAUAUGAUCGUCCUGUGAUUGUACAAUUUUGUGCCAAUGAUCCGGAAUAUUUAUUACAAGCUGCCAAAAUGGUGGAAGAUAGAUGUGAUGCUGUGGAUUUGAAUUUGGGAUGUCCUCAAGGAAUUGCCAAAAAGGGGAAAUAUGGGGCUUUUUUGAUGGAUGAUUGGGAAUUGAUACAUAAAUUGAUUAGAACCUUGCAUGACAAUUUAAAAGUCCCCGUGACGGCAAAGAUAAGGAUUUAUGAUGAUUGGGAGAAAUCUUUGGAAUAUGCUAAGAUGGUUUUGGAUGCAGGAGCACAAUUUAUAACUAUUCACGGAAGAACUAGAGAAAUGAAAGGACAAGCCACAGGAUUAGCCAAUUGGAAAAUUUUGAAAUAUUUAAGAGAUAAUUUACCUAAAGAUCAAGUAUUCUUUGCUAAUGGUAACAUUUUAUAUCCAAAUGAUUUAUCUAGAUGUGAACAAGAAACUUCAUGCGAUGCAGUCAUGUCUGCUGAAGGAAAUUUAUAUAAUCCAGGAGUAUUUUGGACAGCAACUGAUGACAAAGAUAAGCAAUUUGCAAGAGUGGAUAAGAUGUUACGAGAAUAUUUUGAAAUUGUGAGAUCAUUAAAGGGAGAAGGAUCAAGAACGGCAAUGAAAGCCCAUUUCUUUAAAGUAUUACAUGCAUUCUUGAACGUUCAUAAAGAAUUAAGACCAACAAUUGGUCAAACUAGUGUACAUGCACCAUUCGAAGAAUGGGACAAAAUAGUUAAACAAGUCGAAGCUAUAGUGGAAGAAAUCUAUAAGCAACCAAAUAUUGAAGAAUUGGACGUUAUAGUAGAAGGACCAGUGGAACAUUGGGGAGGUGCUUAUAAGAAAGUUCCAUAUUGGAGGUGUCAACCAUAUUUCAGAACUGUUGACGGUGAGAAGCAAAAUACUAGAUUAUUGAAAGUUGCUGGUGAAAAGGAAUUGAUUGCAUCUUCAGCCGAAGCUUCUGAAAAACAAAAGAGAAAACUCGAGGAAGAAAAGGCUAGUGAAGAGAAUAACAAGAGAAAACUCGAAGAGGAAGCAACAGAAGAUGAAAAUGCGUCAAAAAGAAAAACAGCUUGA